GGACACACACUUAGGCAGUGCCCGCUGCCUGCGGCCAUUCCGUCCUCUAUACACAUAGCUCUGUGGGUUAGGGGCUGGUUGACCCCCAUUGUACGGAUGGGGAAACUGAGGCAACCUGAGUCGCUAUCCGAGGUCUCUGAGCCCCAAACUGCAAGAUUUAAAAAAAAUCGUUGUUUGGGGCGGGGGCGAAGGCUCACGCCUGUGAUCCGAGCUCUCUGGGAGGUCGACAUGGGCAAGAGAGUUCGAGACCAGCCUGACCGACAUGGAGAAACCCCAUUUCUACUAAAAACACAAAAAUUAGCCAGUCUGCCAGGCGCGGUGGCUCAAGCCUGUGAUCCCAGCACUUUGGGCAGACUCAGAGGCGGCCCUGCUUCCUGGGAUAGGAGGGCAUGGACUGCCUGUGGGGGGGGUUUCAGCCCCCGGGAUCCUGCAGAGGGGCUCAGGGAGGCCCUGUGAGCAGUUGGGCACGGGUGGGUCCCAUUCGUUGUAAUCCUGUUCCUCCCCAACGGCCCUGGGGACGGGGAACGUUGGGGGCUCUGUUUCCCUGGCCUGUGAGGGGUGGGGCCAGGGUGGCUGUUGGGAUUCUGGUGUUGAAAGGUGACCACAAACAGCUCUCCGGAGGAGGAGAAGGAAAAUGCAAUCGCUUUUCGGGAGCCUUCUGGGGUUCCAGCCCCCUCGCAGACAUCGUGGGAGGCCGGAAGGCGAGGCCCCGCCAGUUCCCAUUCCUGGCCUCCAUUCAGAAUGAGGGGAGGCACUUCUGUGGGGGUGCCCUGAUCCAUCCCCGCUUCGUGAUGACUGCGGCCAGCUGCUUCCGAAGCCAGAACCCUGGGAUUGGCACCGUGGUGCUGGGCGCCUAUGACCUGAGGCGGCGGGAGAGGAGGUCCCGACAGACCUUCUCCAUCAGCGGCAUGAGCGAGAACGGCUACAACCCCCAGCAGAACCUGAAUGACCUGCUGCUGCUGCAGCUGGACCGCGAGGCCAACCUCACCAGCAGUGUGGCAAUCCUGCCGCUGUCCCCGCCGAACACCAGGGUGGAAGCUGGCACCAGAUGCCAGGUGGCCGGCUGGGGGACGCAGCGCAGCGGGGGCCGUCUCUCCCGUUUUCCCAGGGUCGUCAAUGUGACUGUGACCCCUGAGGACCAGUGUCGCCCCAACAACCUGUGCACCGGUGUGCUCACCCGCCGGGGCGGCGUCUGCCAGGGGGACGGGGGCACCCCCCUCAUCUGCAACGGUCUGGGACACGGCGUGGCCUCCUUCUCCAUGGAGCCCUGUGGCCGGGGCCCCGACUUCUUCACCCCAGUGGGACCCUUCCGAGAAUGGAUCGAUGGUGUUCUCAACGCCCCUACACCUGGGCCAGCCUAGGGGGAGCCUGUGACCGCCCACGGAGCCCAGCUCUGCCCUCCACGCCUCCCGUGUGCUGCAUCCCCGUCCCGUGGCCCCACCCCUGCCCCUGCUCUGGCCUGCGUGGCCCUGGCUGUAAUAAAGAAACUGUUCUCUCCUC